CCGAAUUUUACUUUGCUCAAUUUUUGUUUGCUCAUACAUUGGGUACUAUUUGACCAACGCCUGUUACCCAAUUUCACUUUGCGCCUUUUUUUGUUUGCUUAUAUAGGGUAGUAAUUGACCACCGCCUUUUACCAAAUAUAUUUAGCUCAAUUUUCUUUAGCUCACAAUAUGCUGUGUAAAUAUUGCUAUGAAAAAUUGAAAUUAUCUCUCCUGUAAUUGUAACCAUUUACUUCUAUUUUAAAAUUAUAAUAACAGAGUGUUGAAGCGACGAUGAAUUUGUGCGAGUUUGAUGCUGAAAGAGUCCAAGAUUUAUCUUUUGUGAAAACUGAGCCAUCUUAACCAUGUAGGCCUAUAGAGUUACAUAAUCUACGUUAAUAAUAUUAAUGGAACGUACACGCUAUCAUCGUCAAUUAUGCGCAUGCGUAAAUGGCAGUGGAAACCUUCGAUGGGGACUAGACUUACGUUUAACCAGACUUGGGUAAAGUUUGCCUGGUAUUGGUCUUGGGGUAGCGCGCACAUGGCCUGGUCGCUCGCGAUCAGCAUGCCAUGCGCAGUACUAUUUCUAUUUACUCGGUAUAGCCGGCGCGGCCGUCCCGGCCCGGGAGCUCGAGCUAUAUGAUACACCAACGUAACUAGCAGCCUGUACGUACGUACGUAUACGCAUCAUAUCGGAGUCUUGCAUGCUAGAGCCUGAGGGUCUAAAAAUGGAGCUCGACAACUGCUGCGGAGAUAGUUCAAGUGAAGAUGGGUUCAUAGACCCUCUCACCAAAAUCGUUCAAAGGUGGGGAUGUCCGUCAGUGUUAAAGAUACUAGAAGAAAAUGAAGUUGAUGUGGAAACCCUUCCCCUUCUAAGUGAAAGUAUAAUCACAUCCUUCAUACCCAAGAUUGGACCUCGAUUGAAGUUUCUCGCUGGGUGGCGUGCAGAGUAUCAUGCUGCAAAUCAACAAAGCAUGGAACAAGCAUCAACGUCGACAAGAAGCCCAUCAGUGUUCUCCUUAGAUGACUGCUCAGAUCUCUCUUGUGUAACAGGAAGUGAGUGGAGUCCCAGACAAAGCCCUUCCCAGCCCAGUUUGGAUACGCCACUUUACGACUCCCCAGAAUCCAAGAGUCCUGAUCAACAUCCUCCCCUGAAACGGGUCAAGAAAGUGCAUUUCAACAUUGCUUGUAUAUUGAGAGAGACCACCAUGGGAAGAGCAGCAUUAAGGAACAUCAAUGCUACAAAUCUCUGCAGCAAAAGGGACCGGCAUACUGUUGUGGAUAUGUUGACUCAGUACCUGAUACGGGAGUAUGGUACCAAGCCAAGCUCAUUUGUGAAGGCAUCAAUGGCCCAUGCCAUUGUGACAAGCUUUCCUUUCUUAAAAGAUCCAGAAUCUCCACUUGGCUAUGAGGCCUGGUACUGCGUGGGGGCCAAGGGACGGCCAGCAACAGGCUACCUGGAGGAGCAUCUGAGGUAUGUCAGAAAAAAGGAGAAGUCCCUGAGGGUACCAGUAGCUGAAGACGAGGCAGAGUCUCAAAAGCAAGGAGAUACUGAUCUUGAGUCUGUGAACGAUGAUAACAUCACGACAAUGGAAGAAUGGCUGCGUAACAACAAGGAGCCAGAGGACAUGGUGAAGGACUACAUGAAACAAACAGCAACAAAAAGACAUGACUGGAUCAAGAGAAGUGACUGUUGUGUGAAGAACAUUCUUACCACAUAUCCCAGACUUCUCGAUGCUGGAAUGAUUGAAGGAGAUUUUGCAGAAUUGUUCCCAGAGAAAGCAAACGCACUGUACCAGAAGUGGCCCACAUUCUGUAACAAAGUAGUGGACUUCACCGAGAAAACUGGCAACUGGAGAAGUGCAAGAGCCGAAUUCGAAAACAUUCAUGACCCUGGGAAACUCAGUCUUGAGGAAAAGAGCAAUCUUGGAUUCUACAUGCUCCCAGUCUUGUUCCGAGGAAGGAAAGAUUCCAAGAGAGGAACGUACACCACUGCAGAAACAUUGUCGUCCUUCAUUGACGUUCAACCAGAGGUUCUCGACAUCCAGACUUAUGUUGAUAACAUUGAUGAAGCAGUCAGGUCACAGCCAUUUGUUGUUGUGCGUGGGAACAUUCUCACACCAAUACAGACGUACGUCGUAGUAGAGAGGAGGAUACUUCCUGCCGCAACACUGCUUAAAGCAGUCGACUUGUGCUUUAAGGCACUUUAUGUGAUGGAUAUCGAAUAUCAGCCGCAAAGCUGUUCUGUUUGGAAAUUUCUCCAGAUUGUGGUGUUCCAGUUUACCGAUGGGGAGCAUCUUACACCAAAGCUGCGGGAGGUCCGAGCCUUCAUGAACAUGCCAUAAGCCAUCAUGAUGUGUUCACGCCAAGGAUGAUUACUGGUGAUAUAUUUCCUACAGAUGAAACUGACACAUCAUCGUUUAGCACAUUUUGGCUACUUGAACCAGUUUAUUUUGGGAGAAAAAAAACUGGAAAAAAGUAUUAUUUUGGACAAAAUAACCUUAAAGACAAACUGUUAUGAGUUGGAUUCAGCACAUUAUUUUACAUAAUUUAUACAUGUUUGUGUAAGACUGAAGAUUUGAGGGUGGGGUGAGGAUCGCUGAAUAAUAUAAAAAAAAGAGUGAAUUUAUACACAGCAGAAGUCUUUGUGUACAUUUUAAAAAUGAUAAAGGCCUAAUUGUUUUAUCCCAAUCAUUGCUUAACAUCCCCACCUUGAAAGUUUAAGAAAACAAAUGAAUAUAUGCCAAGUAUAAAUACAAAACAUAUUAUUGGCUAUAAAUCUUUUGCACUGGCGUAUACAAAUGCUUAUCGUGUUUGGUUUUAAUCCCAAGAGUACUGUUUCAUAACUCGUACAUCAAAAUGAUAUAUUUCUUCAUAAAACAUGAGCUAUGAUAUUUUCUGCGUUUAAAACAGCAAGUGGGGUAUAUGAUUGUAAAUUACAUAUACCAUUAAUUUUCAUGUAAUGUGUAUCGUCCAUUGACCCUACGCUGAACUCUCUGCUGAAUGGACUGCAUGCAUUAAUUUACAUCGCGCAAAGCAGAAGUAGAGAAGUCAACAUUUUCAUCUACAUUUUGCAAAAUUGUAUUGAUAUUAUUGAUAAUAUCAAUAAAAUCAAUCAAACUGAGUAUAGCAGGUAGGGUCAAUUGAUUUUUGUUGUCUUUAAUCUAAUCAAAAAGUUAUAGUAGGCAGUGUGUAUCCUUGUUAUUUGAUCAGUACCUGUUCACCAUCACAGAUAGCCAAACUUUCAUGUGGUACUUCUGCACAUGUCAAAUAAUCUAGAGGGAUUUGAAUUUAUUUCCUCUUUUGUUUUCACUUCAAAAAAAUGUGUGCAUGUGUAACACUCUAAGGCAGAGUAUUGGUGUGUCAGGAUAAAUGAACACUAUGCCACACCCACAAAAUAUAUAUGAUGCACAUAUUCAUGUAUGAAAUCAGAGUACAUGGGAUACAUACAGUGUACAUCAAAGUUGUCAUGCUGCACCAAAAGGGGCUAUAUUUGCAUUUACUUUUUUUAAAAGAUUGUAUUUUUUUCACCAAAAAUUGUAAUGUUGUAGUUGAUGUUAACAAGUUUUGUUUUUACGUUUCUGAUGAAAACAACAA